AUCACAUGUCAGUCCCACAUAAAUAAAAAGACUUACACCUUCAUUUUUCUUUUUUGAGAUGGCUUACUUUCACAUUAAUUAACCUCGAAUAAUUAACUUUAAAAUUAAAUGCAUCCCUUUAAUUAUAAGGUUCCUUACCUUACAGCGCUAACAUGGAAGCUUUCAUUUUCUCUCUCUAGCCCCGAUCAACGUUAUAAUUUACUUCAAUUUUUUUUCUCAAAUCCCUAAAUUUUUGGAAAACCUAGAAAUUCGAUCUCUAUUUACUUUUCUAUUUAAGCUCCUAAAUUUCUUGAUCCGAUUCGAGUUAGUUAAAUGUGAUUAUUACUUAUUUGAUUUGAUUUGAUUGAUUUUGAUUUGAUCUCGAUUGAUUAAUGAAGCAAUUUCGAAGAUGGCAGAGGAUCUUUAUCCUCUUCUUUCUUUCGGUUUCUGUAUUUGCUCCUCUUGUUUUAGUGUCAAUUAGGCUCAAAACUCUUACUUCUGAUGGAAGAAAUGAGUUCGCUGAAGAUUUACCAAACAUCAUGCAGCAUGUGUUACCACUAAAUGCAGUUAGACAGGAAGCAAGGGAAGGUCUAAAAGAGCCUAAUCCAGAAGUUUAUAGAGAUCAGAAUUACACCAUAGUUAAUAGUUUGAAUCAGAAACAAGGAGAAAAUUCUUCGUCGUCGUCGUUUAGAUCAAAUAGAAAGGCAACUGAGACAUUUGUUGGAGAAGUGAAGCAAAUUCAGACAAAGGCAGAAGUUUUAACAAGAAGUAUUAAGGACAACUCUGAUAAAAAAGCUGAUUCACAUGAUCAUGGAGUUCGAACCCCACGUGUGACGAAAGCUGCGUAUGUAAAGGAUUCACGUAGUGAGACACGAAAGACUACUGAUGAGAAGGUGAAGCAAAUGAAAGAUCAGGUGAUUAGGGCCAAGGCAUACCUGAGUUUUGCUAUGAAUAGCAACACCCAUCUAGUGAAAGAGUUGAGGCUACGUAUAAAAGAAAUUGAACGAGCAAUGGGGGAAGCUAGAAAAGAUUCAGAAUUGUCGAGAAGUGCUUUGCAGAAAAUGAAAUAUAUGGAGAACACCUUGUCAAAAGCAAGUCGUGCAUACCCCGAUUGCUCAAACAUGGCUAAUAAGCUCCGGGCUAUGACACACAGUGCUGAAGAACAAGUCCUAUCUCAGAGGAAACAUACAUCAUUUCUUACUGAGCUUGCUGGAAGAACAACUCCUAAAGGCCUCCAUUGUCUUUCUAUGAGGCUCACUACAGAGUACUUUAUGUUGCAGUCUGAGCAACAAACGCUUCCCAGUCAGCAGAAUGUUUACAAUCCAGGCCUUCUUCAUUAUGUUACCUUCUCCGACAAUGUCUUGGCUGCUGCAGUACUUAUAAAUUCCACAGUGUCCAAUGCCAUGAAACCAGAGAGAAUAGCCUUCCAUGUGGUGACAGAUUCUUUAAACUUUCCUGCAUUUUCCAUGUGGUUUUUGUUAAACCCUCCUGGAAAAGCCACUGUCCAAGUCAUAAAUGCGCAAGUUUUUCAGUGGUGGAAUGUGUAUGAAUCAUCACGGAUGAAUCAAAUUUCCGGUGAUCCUAGAUAUUCAUCUCUACUAAAUCAUCUACGGUUUUACCUUCCAGAAAUUUUCCCAAAGUUGGAUAAGAUUAUAUUUCUUGAUCAUGAUGUAGUGGUUCAAAAGGAUCUAAGUGAUCUCUGGAACAUGGAUAUGAAGGGAAAAGUUAAUGGAGCAGUAGAGACAUGCCAAGAAGGUGAUUCUUCAUUUCGACGAAUGGAUAUGUUCAUCAAUUUUUCAGAUCCACUGGUUCGCAGGAAGUUUGAUGCCAAUGCUUGUACUUGGGCAUUUGGGAUGAAUUUGUUUGACCUUAGACAGUGGAGGCUCCACGAUUUGACCUCAAGCUACCGUAGAUUCCUUUUAAAGGGAAGGGGAAGGCAUGUUUGGAAAGCCGGGAGUUUGCCUUUAGGUUGGAUCACCUUUUAUAAUCGAACAAUACCUUUGGAUAAGCAAUGGCAUCUUUUAGGGCUAGGGUUUGAUUCACUGUUGAAGUCAGAAGACAUUGAACAGGCAGCAGUUAUACACUAUGACGGAAUCAUGAAACCUUGGUUAGAUAUCGGGAUGAAAAAGUACAAAGGAUAUUGGAACAAAUACGUCAACUAUGAUCAUCCGUACGUUCAACAAUGUAAUCUUCAUGGGUAAUAAGUCUUAGUCGGACUGAAAAUUGGAUCACACAUUUUUCGGAACACAUAAAGGAAGCUCUUGAUUUCAUGUAUACAAUACAAGGUAUUUAAAACCUUGCAAAUACGUCAAGCAACCGGGAUUUCGGUUACACACAGCAGCAGUGAACACUAUAUAUUGUUAUGCCAAAUUUGGCACGUCGUUAGCUGAUGAACAGAUACAAGAAUAGUUCAUUCAUUCUACUGAUUAAUUUAUGUAAAUUGACUGAUAUUGUAGAAAAAAGUGAGGACAUAACGAGAAUCGAUUCUCAACAGAGUUUUUGUAGCGACAAUUGUUUUAUUUGUAUAUAAACUCAUUCAGGAUCUCUUAUAGCAUUUGUGUAUCUGAGAUCAGAUAUAUUCAAUAAAACCAAGUCUGAUGUUCAUGUAAUCUGAAAUUCAGCUGGAGAUCAUGCAUGAAAUGAUGAUAGCUUUUAG